AUGACAUGGAGACCAAGGUAUUUCGAUAUAGGUGUCAACUUCUCAGACCCUAUGUUUCAAGGGUGUUACAAUGGGUCCACAAACCCUAAGCACCCAUGUGAUAUUGAAGAUGUCAUCAACAGAGCCCAUUUGUUCAAUGUGGAUAGAAUGUUAAUUACUGCGUCUACCAUAAAAGAGAGUCGAGACCACUUUCUAUUGUGCGAAAAGUAUCGAAAUCAGUUCAGCUCAACCGCGGGUGUCCACCCUUGUUCAGUUGCCAGUGAGGUUUAUGUAAAGGAUGGAGAUAAUUACACCGAAGAGUUGAGGCCCGAUGUUGACGAGAAACUCGCAGAGUUGCGCGAUAUACUUAUUGAAGGGUACAAGACGGGGCACGUGAAAGCCUUUGGGGAGAUUGGAUUGGAUUAUGACAGACUCCAUUAUUCCACUAAGCACCAACAGCUUGAAAUGUUUAAACGACAAUUGAAUACAUUACGCGAACUUGAUUUCAGCCUUCCGUUGUUUUUGCACAUGAGAGCUGCUUGUGAAGACUUCAUAAAGAUAAUUAAACCGUUCAUGGACGAUGGUAUUGUGAAAAGUGGAGUGGUUCAUUCGUUUACUGGGACUGAGGAAGAGUUGAACAGCUUACUAGAGCUCGGGUUUUACAUCGGAGUCAAUGGUUGCUCAUUAAAGACUGAAGAAAACUUGAUCGUCGCAUCCAAAAUACCCGUGAACAGACUCAUGAUUGAGACAGACGCACCAUGGUGUGAAAUAAGAAAGAGUCAUGCUAGUUACAAAUUAAUAUCACCGUACCCAAACAUGUUUUACCCAGAGAUAGAGACUGUCACAUUGAAUGAAGUCAAACCCCAGUUCAAGCUAGACGAGAACUUGCCAUUCCCAUCAAUCAAAAAGGAGCACUAUGAAAAGCAUUCACAAUGCGUUCAACAAAAAGUUGAAAAUACUGGGGAUGCAUCCGUUCUAGAGACGAGGAUCGGUAUCUUUAGCAAGCCAAUGAUCAAAUCUCGCAAUGAGCCCGUUCAAGUGGGCCAUGUAGCUGAAGUGCUUUGUAAGCUACAUGGUAUAACCGAUUCUCACGGAAUAGAGAACUUUAUAGAUACAGUUUAUAACAACUCAGUGAAAAUGUUUCAUUAA